GAAUAUGUACAGCAGAAAUCUGUGACAAUGAGUUGACACCCGCUCAACUUAAAGCUGCCCUUCAUUACAAGUCGGUGCCAAGUCAACUUUACAAUGCUGGAAACUUCACACGGGAUUCGACAUCCAAAGAUAUCGUAGGCUGCAUCAUCAGCUGUUGUGAUCAACUAACCUGUGAUACUGUCUUAUACCACAACAACACAUGCUACCAUAUAAAGUGCAAUGCAUCAUGGGAAGGGGCAUGUGACCCCAUUACCAGUUCAGAUGAUAAAUUCAACAGUACUGUUUAUGUAGAGGUGCGGUCUGUAGAAUAUGUUACGCAAUCCCCAUCAAAAGCUGAAGAGGGCAGGGGAGGGACAGCCUGUGAUCUUCAAACUCAUGCUGGUUGUCCAGAAAAUGAAGAAUGCAAGUUGAAUGAUCAGUUAGGGGCAGAAUGUCAGUGUAUAACUGGAUAUGCAAGAAACCUUGAAGGAAUUUGUAAAGCUUUGGAAGAUAAACCUACAAUGAUAUCAUGCGUGGUUGGGAUGACAGAAUCGUGUGGUAAAAACGAACGAUGUUAUGUCCCUGAUCAGAUGAAGACCAAUGCUGGUCUCUGUGUGUGUUUGGAUGGCUUCCACAGAGAUAACUCACGACAGUGCAUCAGUGACAAAGAAGAACCGUCACUUUGUGACAGCCAUAAAGAGAAUGAGUGUGGAGUUAAUGAGCGAUGUGAUGUUCCCGAUGGACUACCAACACACAUAGGCACAUGUGUGUGUGUGCUAGGAUACCAUCGUAACCAAGAUGAGCAGUGUGUCAUUGAUCCAGGGGAACCUGUUACUCCUGUGGCACCAGUGAUGACCACACUUGGACUUCCUCUAACUAAGAUGAAAACGUGCACCUACGGUAUGCCCGGCACCUGUCCUGAACACAUGAUCUGCUUCAUCCCGGAGGCCUCCAAGAAACGAACUGGUCUCUGUACCUGUGACACCGGCUACAAGAUGGAUCAGGAGGCUCAAUGUCACCUCAAAGAUGAGAGUGACGCAGUGACAGCUACUGUACCAUCAAUAGAAAACCAU